AUGACGAAAACGCUAACUAACGGGCAUUAUAAUGGAAAAUUGGAGACGUUGGAGACGAGCUUAAACGGCUAUAGGAAAAAUGGAUAUGUAAAACCUAAACCUGUUGAAGUACCGUCGUUGCGGCAAGCAGCGCCAUUCAGCACAGACCCUAUGGCCGUGGCGGAGCGCGAGCGGUGUUCGUACGGCCGCGUGCCGCGCGCCACGGCUCUAGCCGGCACCGCGCCGCGGAGAGUGCGCGUCUACUCCGACGGCAUCUAUGACAUGUUCCACCAGGGCCACGCGCGACAGCUGCAGCAGGCGAAGAACGUGUUUCCCAAUGUAUAUCUCAUAGUUGGAGUAUGCAACGACAAACUGACACACAGCCGCAAGGGGCGAACAGUAAUGACAGAGGACGAGAGGUACGAGGCCGUCCGACAUUGCAGAUAUGUCGAUGAGGUUGUGCGGGAUGCACCGUGGGAGUAUGACGAGGAGUUCCUGGAAAAUCACAAAAUCGACUUCGUUGCGCACGAUGACAUCCCCUACACGACUGAGGAUUGUGAAGACACGUAUGCCAUGAUUAAGGCCAAGGACAUGUUUGUCGCUACCGAAAGAACGGAAGGUGUUUCAACGUCGGAUAUAGUGGCGCGGAUCGUCCGCGACUAUGAUAUCUACGUGCGAAGGAACCUCGCGCGCGGGUACUCUGCUAAAGAACUUAACGUCUCCUUUCUCAACGAAAAAAAGUUCCGUCUACAGAACAAGAUGGACGAGCUCAAAGAUAAAGGCAAAAAGGUGAUGACGAACAUCGGCGAGAAACGAGUAGACAUCUUGGCAAAGUGGGAGGAGAAGUCGCGCGAACUGAUCGACACGUUUUUGCUAUUGUUUGGACCAGACGGGCGGCUGUCAAACAUCUGGAACGAAUCUAAGGGGCGCCUGAUGCAAGCGCUCAGCCAGCCGCCAUCGCCGCGCUCCUCGCCACCGCCCAGCGAAAAUGGCGACUCGCCGCCAUCGCCACACCACAGAGGCUCUGUUUCUCCACCCCCUCCUAAGUCCCGUCGUUACGAAACCCUAUGGGAACCACAUGCAGAUGCAUCGAGCUCUGAAGGUUUUGGGGAAUCGGAAGCGGCCGCACAGCGCCAGCUGACUGACGAUGGCUCCGACAGCGACGACGACUAUCAAGACACCAGCCAGUACAUGUAG